AUGACUACUCGGUUACGAGUGCUCCUUGUGGCGCUGCUUGGAAUUCUGAUCUUACUGCAAGGUCCAUUCACAGUGGCUGUUGCGAAACAACUCCCUACGCGGCCAAUCCUCCCCCUUCCGCAAACAAACCCUCGAGGCCAGCCUCGACGAGAAAUCCCGCCGCCGGCGCCGCCAAGUGGCCCAAUCGGAGAUAUUAGUGGGCUUUAA